AUGCAAUCAAUUACUAAUAAUGAUGAAGAUUUUAUUUGUAAUAAAGAAAAUUCGAAUGUUUCAUCAUUAUCUGCGUCACCUUUUUCGUCAACAUUAUCUCUUAUUGAAAAUAAUGAUGAUGAUGAUGAUGAUGGUGAUCAAAAUGAAGAUAUGGAAUUAUUUCCACAAUUAAAAACAAAUCAACCUCGAUUAGCCAUGCAGAUUUCACAUCAAUAUUAA